AUGGCUUCGAAAGGAGCCGUCUUGCCUCUCUUGAGGCGCGAGUUGCAAACAAAUCGCACACAACUGAAUAGAGCCGCUUCAACCUUUUCGACGGUUGCUACGACCGUUCGGAACAGGAGAGCAGUGUCCGCUAGGCAUUCGGCCCGCCACAGCGCGCUUUUCUCUCGGAGACAACUACUCGGUCAAACUCGGGCAUUUUCGCAAUCGCUAUCGGCAAGGCUUCCAGAUGAGCAUGAUCAUUUCGAUCCCCGUCAAGUAGAGAGGGAGUCGGAUGAGGUGGACGUGUGCAUUGUUGGUGGCGGUCCUGCCGGUCUUGCGGCAGCUAUCCGACUGAAGCAACUCGCAAACGAGGCUGGAAACGAGGAGUUCCGUGUGAUUUUGCUGGAAAAAGCGGGAGAGCUGGGCGCACAUAUACUUUCAGGCAAUGUUCUUCAACCGACCGCAAUGAAUGAGCUUCUGCCCGAUUGGUUGUCCGAGGAUAAUCCAUCACGAUUUGAGGGCGCAACACCGGCACGGGAGGACAAGAUGCGCUUUUUGACCAAGAACUUGUCGUUCCCGAUUCCCGCCCCACCCCAAAUGAACAAUCAUGGCAACUACAUUGUCAGUCUGAACGAGCUGACGAAGUGGUUGGGUGAGCGAGCUGAGGAAUUGGGUGUCGAGAUCUACCCUGGAUUUGCCGCUAGCGAGUUGGUCUACAAUCGGGACGGCUCCGUCCUCGGCGUUGCGACAAACGAUCUUGGUGUUGGUCGGGACGGCAAGCCCAAGGACAAUUUUGAGCGGGGUAUGGAGUUCCAUGCUCGUGUCACUCUCCUCGCCGAGGGCUGCCAUGGUAGUUUAACGAAGCAGGUGAUCAAAAAGUAUGACCUCAGACGCGAUAGUCAACCCCAGACUUACGGUAUCGGGUUGAAGGAGGUGUGGGAGAUUCAACCGGAAAAGUUCAGGUCGGGAGAAAUCGUGCAUUCUAUGGGAUACCCGCUUCCUUCGGAUACCUACGGUGGUGCCUGGAUGUACCAUUUUGGAGAGAACUUGGUUAGCAUUGGGUUGGUGGUUGGUUUGGAUUAUCCCAACCCAUGGCUUUCACCUUAUGGAGAGUUCCAGAAGCUCAAGCACCACCCCUUGUUCAGGGAGGUCUUGGAGGGCGGUAAAUGCAUCUCCUACGGUGCUAGGGCGCUCAACGAGGGUGGCUUCCAGUCGAUUCCUAAAUGUGCUUUCCCAGGAGGCGCUCUCAUCGGUGACACUGCUGGCUUCUUGAACGUUCCCAAAAUCAAGGGCACUCAUUCGGCUAUGAAAUCGGGUAUGUUGGCAGCGGAGUCUACCUUCAAUGCUUUGCAGAAUGACAACAACGGUACUGUCUUCCUUUUCGAAUACGAGGAUGCUCUUCGAAAGUCCUCGAUCUGGAAGGAGUUGUACGAAGUGCGCAAUAUGCGGCCCUCGUUCAAAUCGCCGCUCGGUCUUUACGGCGGUAUCCUCUACUCCGGCUUAGAAGCCUUCCUGUUCCGCGGUAAAACACCCUGGACACUCAAGCACCACGGUACAGAUGCAGCAUCCACCAAAUCGGCAUCUGAAUGUGAGAAGAUCGAAUACCCCAAACCUGACGGCGUGAUCAGCUUCGAUAUUCUGACCAGUGUGAGCCGAACUGGAACGAACCACGAAGAGGACCAGCCUGUCCAUUUGCAGGUCGCUGAUUGGGACAAGCAUACGGACAUCGCUUGGCCCAAGUACCAGGGCGUUGAAAACAGAUUCUGUCCUGCUGGCGUCUACGAGUACGUCGAGGAUUCAAGCAAGGAGCACGGUGUUCGCUUCCAAAUCAAUGCCCAAAACUGUAUCCACUGCAAGACGUGUGAUAUCAAGGUACCAACACAGGAUAUCAAUUGGCAAACGCCUCAGGGUGGAGAAGGCCCUAAAUACUUCAAGACAUAA